UCUUUCGUCUUCUCUCUCUCUCUAUUGAUUUUCUUUUAAAAAUAUGUUCGUAAUUAAUAGUAGUAGUAAGUAAUACACAUGUAGAAAGGAAAGAAAAAAUGGCAACUUUGGUUCGUCAUAGCCGUUUGUGAAGUCUCUCCUACCCAAAGAAAUAAAUAUUCUUCUCUUUCACACCUUUCAAUCUCAAUCUCAAACUACACACAUGAAAGAAUAAUCUUAGGGUUAACAAACAUCAAGUCCAACAAGGUCUGUUCUUUUCUUCUUCUUUUUGGUAAUUUUCUCUUUGUUUUCUCCUACUCUUAGGAUCUGUUUUAUGCUUUCAUCCUUGUCUGCUUGCUCUUUUCUUUCCCCUUUCUUCUUUCUUUUUCAUCGGCCAGUCUCUGAUCUUAUUGACCUUCUCUGUUUUGGAAGUAAGCAAAAGAAUUGGCCUUUUUAAGCUAAAUUUUCGUUUAAACUAUGUUGAAGAAAUCCCUGUUGGGUUGACCUAUCCUCCUACAUGAUGUUUCUUUUUAUUGCUUAAAGAUCUAAUGUUUUACCAUUUUUUCUGUUUUUAGUGUAUGUUUUAGUUUAGGUAAUUUGUUUUUCUUUUUUGGGGUAACAUGGAGGAGGUUGAGGCGUCUAACAAAGCAGCAAUAGAGAGCUCCCAUAGAGUUUUGAGUAUUUUGUCUCAGCCCCAAGACCAGGUUAAUUACAGGAAUUUAAUGGCUGAAACUGGGGAAGCUGUUUUUAGGUUCAAAAGAGUAGUUUCCCUUUUGAACUAUGGUCUGGGACAUGCAAGAGUGAGGAAGCUAAGGAAAUCACAAACCCCUUUUCCUCACACCACCCUCUUGGAUACUCCACACUCUAAUGUUCAACAAUUGAGUUCACAUGCUAAGAAAUCUCUUUGUUUAGGGUACCCAUCUUUGGAACCGAGUUCGAAUGGGAAGAACCCUCUUCAACUCACUCAACAGGCGCCAUCGGGGCACUGUGAUUUCCUCCAAACACAACAGCAGAUGAAACAACAAGCUGAAAUGAUGAUGUCUAGGAAGAGCAGUAGUAGUGGGAUUAACUUGAACUUUGAUGGCUCUAGCUACACACCUACCAUGUCAUCUACUAGGUCUUUCAUUUCUUCCUUGAGCAUAGAUGGAAGGGUAGCUAACUUGAAUGGUACUGGUGGGAGUUCUUUCCAUUCCCAGCACAAGAAGAAAUGUUAUGGUAAGGUAGAAGAAGAUGGGAGUGUCAAAUGUGGAACUAGUAGUUGUAGAUGCCAUUGCUCUAAAAAGAGGAAACAUAGAGUGAAGAGGUCAAUCAAGGUGCCUGCCAUCAGUAACAAGUUUGCAGACAUUCCUCCUGAUGAUUAUUCAUGGAGAAAAUACGGGCAGAAGCCGAUCAAGGGUUCGCCUCACCCUAGGGGUUAUUAUAAAUGUAGCACCAUGAGAUGUUGCCCUGCAAGGAAACAUGUGGAGAGGUGCUUGGAAGAGCCAUCCAUGCUUAUUGUUACCUAUGAAGGUGAGCAUAAUCACCCAAGAUUACCAUCCCAAUCUACAACAUAGGAAAUUGUGGUGUCAAGGCUUUUCAAUGUUCAGUUUCUUUUUCUUUGUUUGGCUAGGUUGGAUUUCUUAGCAUUUUUAGGGUUUUGAUGCUGGUGGCGUUAGAGCCUAGUGCUGGUGUAGAAUUGUAAGAAACAAGUGUUUGAUCUUUCAUGGCAAUCAAUGCUUGAAAAGGGUUGAUGAACUGAAUCUGUGUGUCGCUCAAGUUGUUGGGUAGUUUGGACUUAUAUAUGACUUAUAGGAGCUAUUGAGGGCUGGUGGGGCUGCAUUUAUCUCUUUGUCUGCAACGGGCCUUCAGUUGGAAUAU